GGUGGAGCCGAGCCUGGAGCGCGGAGAAGGAGCGUCUGGGCCGCCCCGCUCGGGUCCCGCGGCGCUCGGGGGCCGGUCCGGGGCGGCAGGGGCGGGGCGGGGAAGCCGGAAGCCCGUCCGGAGGAGGGAGCCGCCGCGGCCUGGGUGCUGCGCGUUCCCGCCCAGGCUCCGCGCCGUCCCAGCUGCGGCCCGGGGUCGCCGACCCCCCAGGGACCCCCUCAGGGUGGUGGGACCAUGGGGACCGCGCUCGUGUACCAUGAGGACAUGACAGCCGCGCGGCUGCUCUGGGAAGACCCCGAGUGUGAGAUCGAGCGACCCGAGCGCCUGACCGCAGCCCUGCGGCGCCUGCAGCAGGGGGGCCUGGAGCAGAGGUGCCUCCAGCUGGCCCCCCGAGAGGCCUCCGAGGCGGAGCUGGGCCUGGUCCACAGCCCAGAGUACGUGUCCCUGUUGCGAGGAACCCAGGCCUUGGACACCCAGGAGCUGCAGGCGCUGUCGGGACAGUACGAUGCAGUCUACUUCCACCCGAGCACCUUCCACUGCGCCCGGCUGGCCGUGGGGGCCGCACUGCAGCUGGUGGAUGCAGUGCUGAUGGGAGCCGUGCACAACGGGCUUGCCCUGGUCAGACCUCCUGGGCACCACAGCCAGAGGGCCGCUGCCAACGGAUUCUGUGUGUUCAACAACGUGGCCAUCGCAGCCAGGCACGCGCAGCAGAAACACGGCUUGCAGAGGUGUGUGCUGGGCUGGCCGGGGGCCAGGGGCCGGGGGAAAGUUGUGGUGGGGGUCGCUGAGACACCCCCUUCAGCCCUUUCCCACCCUGGGCUGGGCUCCCGGCCCCAAGGCUGGAGGCCCUGCCCCUCGGUGAGCUCGGCACUGCCUGUCCCCAGGAUUCUCAUUGUUGACUGGGAUGUCCACCACGGUCAGGGCAUCCAGUAUAUCUUUGAGGACGACCCCAGCGUUCUUUACUUCUCCUGGCACCGCUAUGAGCAUGGCCGGUUCUGGCCCUACCUCCGGGAGUCAGAUGCGGACGCCGUCGGGCAGGGGAAGGGCCGUGGCUUCACCGUCAACCUGCCCUGGAACCAGGUCGGGAUGGGAAAUGCUGACUACCUGGCCGCCUUCCUGCACGUGCUGCUCCCCGUGGCCUUUGAGUUUGAUCCUGAGCUGGUCCUUGUCUCUGCGGGAUUUGACUCCGCGAUUGGCGACCCUGAGGGGCAGAUGCAGGCCACGCCAGAGUGCUUUGGCCACCUCACGCAGCUGCUGCAGGUGCUGGCUGGAGGCCGGGUCUGUGCCGUGCUGGAGGGUGGCUACCACCUGGAGUCCCUGUCCCAGUCCGUGUGCAUGGUGGUGAGGGCGCUGCUGGGUGACCCUGUCCCGCCCCUGUCGGGGCCCAUGGAGCCUCAUCGCAGUGCCCUGGAGUCCAUCCAGAGCGUCCGGGCAGCCCAGGCCCCUCACUGGACCAGCCUCCGGCAGCAAGGGUCAGCCCCCACACCGAGGCCCGGCACCUGCUCCACAGACGGGAGGACCUCACCUCUGUCGCCUGGGGGACCCACAUUCAAGGCAGCGGAGGCCCAGGCCUCGGCUGUGCUGAGUUCCCUCCUGGGCCAGCUGCACCUCCACCCCACACCGCCUGUCCGCACGGCUGUUACCCUGACCGCGCCAGAUGCUGCCCUGGGCCUGCCCCCUGCUGUCCUCCAUCAGGAGGGGUCAGCCCCCCAGGAGGAGACACGGGCCUGGGCCAGGCUCCAUGAGGCCCUGAUCCAGGACACAGCUUUCACUGCCCUUGGAAAGGUCCUGCACCUGUUGAAGGGGAUCCUGGAUGGGCAGGUGAGCAGUGGCGUUGCAACGACCCCUGCUGCAGCCGCCACGCUGGAUGUGGCCCUUCGGUGUAGCUUGUCGCACAGAGCCCAGAGGGUGCUGUGUGUGGCUGUGGGACAGCUGGACCGACCCCCAGACCUUGCCAAUGACGGGAGGACUCUGUGGCUGGAUAUCAGAGGCAAAGAAGCCGCUGCCCUGUCCCUGUUCCAUGUCUCCAUGCCGCUGCCAGGGACAACGGGAGCAUUCCUGAGCUGCGUCCUGGCCCUCGUGCUGCCCCUGGCUUAUGGCUUCCGGCCUGACCUCGUGCUGAUGGCACUGGGACCAGCCCAGGGCCUGCAGGAACCCCACGCUGCGCUCCUGGCUGCACUCCUGCGGGGUCCAGCGGGGGGCCGAGUCCUGGUCCUGGUGGAGCAGGAACCCACAUCCCAGCUUGCAGGCAUCCUGGCCCGGGUGUUGCAUGGAGACGCACCCCCCAGCCUGGGUCCCUUCUCCACCGCCCCCCCAGAAGACAUGCAAGCCCUGCUGUACUUGAGAGGGCAGCUGGAAGCACAGUGGAAGAUGCUGCAGGUGGCCGCUCCUUCUUGAGUGCUGUGACCCAGUACCUUGAAAUCGGCCACAGUGCAAGUAUUCGCACCCCAGGGAUGCCAAUACAAGGUCGUCCCCCAAGAGCCGGUUAUUCGACAUUCGCCAGCACACCACUGCCUGAGACCCCUGUCCAGAGGGGCCAGACUGCGGAGCCGUCAGGCCGUGACCUGGAGCCCACCUCCAGUGGCCACCUCUGCCCGGAUGGCCCAUCCUCACUUGCUACACUGUUAACCUUGAAAAUAAAAGUUAUUUUACCUGCAAAAA